GAUCACCAUGAUUCCUCGUUCUCCAGGCAGCCGGAGAUUUAGCUCUAUUAAGGAUCAGUCAACCUCCGAGAGAUCACUACAUACAUUCCCACUAGAGCACCAUUUAAAUCUAGACAUAGUUCGACGGCGAGAAGGCCUUUUCAGAUUUCCAGCAAGGUUGACAACGUCUCCAUCAAUAAGAUUUCCAGGGAAUGAUGGAUCCCAAAGGUUGACAAAGUUGCUGCUGAAUGUGAAUAUAGAGAGUACCUUGGGGCCAGUGCAUGUGGUGAUUUCAUCAGAUAAUACAGUGAAUGAUUUGAUCAAAGCUGCUAUAGCAAUUUACGUGAAGGAGAAGAGAAAGCCAUUGUUGCAGGAAACUGAUCCCAAGUAUUUUCAGCUUCAUUAUUCGCAAUUCAGCCUGGAAAGUUUAAAGGCAGGGGAGAAGCUGAUAAAUUUGGGGCCGAGGAAUUUCUUUUUGUGUUUGAAGCCUUCUUCCUCUGUCACUUCUUGUGGCUCCGAGGAGGGAAAAAUGGCAUGCGACCGUCUGUUUUCUUUGACAAAGUUUAUGGAGCUCUUGCUCUAGUUCCAAUGUAUGGAAUAUUCAUGUCUUUUGUCAUGUCUAGCCUUAUGUAGAGCUGUGGCUUAUGGCCCAACGGCUCAUAGUCCCCCUUUGAUGGGUCAAGGUUUCGCUUGGAGAUUUUUC